GAAGCGAUUGGCCGCUGCACCAAAUCAACCCAAUGCUUCUAAAUCGAUUAUCAACCGAUUACCUCUCCCCUAGACUGUACCCGCUUCAAAAACCUAGGAUACACUUUUAUCCUCAACAUGAGUAUUACGACACAAUUGACAUCGGCAACAUGGCACUCGGCGAGGCUUUGCUGUCCGUGGCAGCCGCCCUGACGCCGACGCUCCCGCCCCACCGCGCGUCCCGCGCACGCCGCGACGCCGGCGCCGCCGCCGACAGGUUUUGUGGAGCAUUUGAGUUAGCCUUAAGGGGUCACGAUGAAAAGGAAAAUUCGGAAAACAGAGGCAUAUUUAAGGAGCUGGUGAAUUUUAGCGCCGAAUUAGACAACGAAUUGAAAGUCCAUAUUCAAAGUGCCAAACUUUUCAAGGGUACCUCAAAAACAACUCAAAACGAGCUUCUUGAGUGCAUGCUAGAUGUUUAUCAUGAAGAAGUUAAGAAGGAGAUUGCAAAUUCUCCUUUUGUUGCAGUAAUUGCCGAUGAAACGACUGACGUAGCCUGUGAAUUUCAAUAUUUGUGUAAAGGACAACCAGUUGAGAGAUUUUGGAGAUUUUACGUCCCCGACGGACACGAUGCCAAAUCAAUCGCUGCAUGCGUUUUAAAUGUUGUAAAUCCAUUAAUAGAUCAAAAUCCAAACAAAUUAAUAGCUCAAAGCUAUGAUGGUGCGUCUGUUAUGAGUGUUUAUGAAAAUAGGAAAGACCUGAUUGAAGUUAUGGACAAUAUAGAAAGUACUUCACGCGAUUCUUCGUCGAUUAAUCAAGCCAGUGGGUACAAAUUAAAGCUGCAAGAUACAAAUUUUGUAUUUUGGCUAAGUAUAUUCCAUAAAAUAAUGCCACAUGUUGAAAUUGUCUUUAACCAAUUACAAAAAGUAUGCACCGAUUCUGUUAAGGUCAAAAAUGAUUUAGAGAAUUUUGAAGCAGCAAUUCAAACUAUACGAGAACAAAUGGAUAGCAUUAUUGACGAGAUUGAACGAGUGCAGAGAGAAACUGAUGAACCGGCAAGAAAAAAAGGCAAGUUGAAGAAGGCAGCAAAAAACGGGAAGCGUUAG